AUGAAGGGGGUGGUUAGACCAGGUGAUCUUGGAGGUGGUCUUGAGCUCUGUAGGGUGUUAAGCGGUUCAGGUGUUGCUCCCCACAAGGUGUGCGAGCACCCUGCUCCCCCCAAGCCCCGCCUGAAGCCUGUCCCCCCCUUCCCCACAGGGGCCGGGGCUGCCUCAGGGAGCCGCACGGCCGCAGGCCCGGCCCCGCCCGCCGACAUCCGGGCUCCUGGCGCCGCCGCCGCCCGCCCGGCGGCUCAGGGAGGCGGCGGGGCGGGGAGGCGGCGGCCGCAGCAGCGAAGAUGGCGGCGGCGGCGGGGAGAGCCGCUUCCUUCGGUGCCUCCGCGGCCGGCCUGGGCUCAAACGCCGGCCUUCUCCUCGGCUGCGGCCGGCGCCGGGGCAGGCAGCGCCGGCCCCGCGGAGCUGCGGGCGGGGGGCGAUGAGGACGACGGGCAGAACCUCUGGUCCUGCAUCCUCAGCGAGGUGUCCACGCGCUCCCGCUCCAAGCUGCCCUCGGGGAAAAACGUCCUGCUGCUGGGUGAAGAUGGAGCAGGUAAAACUAGCUUAAUAGGAAAAAUUCAAGGAAUAGAGGAGUACAAGAAAGGAAGAGGAAUGGAAUAUUUGUAUUUAAAUGUGCAUGAUGAAGAUCGAGAUGACCAAACAAGGUGUAAUGUAUGGAUUUUGGAUGGUGACCUGUAUCACAAAGGUCUUCUUAAAUUUGCAAUGGAUGCAAGCUCUCUAAAGGACACUCUAAUUAUGUUGGUAGUAGACAUGUCUAGACCUUGGACUGCUCUGGAUUCUUUACAAAAAUGGGCAAGUGUUGUAAGAGAACACAUUGACAAGUUAAAAAUUCCGCCUGAAGAAAUGAAAGAAAUGGAACAGAAGUUGGUAAGAGACUUCCAGGAAUAUGUAGAACCAGGCGAGGAUUUUCCAGCUUCUCCACAGAGAAGAAAUACUUCAUUACAGGAAGACAAAGAUGACAGUGUGAUUUUACCCCUGGGUGCAGAUACACUAACAUGUAACUUAGGCAUUCCAGUAGUAGUAGUUUGUACAAAGUGCGAUGCCAUCAGUGUUCUGGAAAAAGAGCAUGACUACAGAGAUGAACACUUUGACUUCAUUCAAUCACAUAUCAGACGGUUUUGCUUACAAUAUGGGGCAGCACUUAUCUACACCUCAGUAAAGGAGAACAAAAACAUUGAUUUAGUGUAUAAAUACAUAGUCCAGAAGUUGUAUGGGUUUCCUUUCAAUGUUCCAGCUGUUGUUGUGGAAAAAGAUGCGGUAUUUAUUCCUGCAGGUUGGGAUAAUGACAAGAAGAUAGGAAUAUUGCACGAGAACUUUCAAACACUAAAAGCAGAAGACAGUUUUGAAGAUAACAUCAGAAAACCACCAGUCAGAAAGUUUGUUCAUGAGAAAGAAAUUGUGGCAGAGGAUGACCAAGUGUUUCUUAUGAAGCAGCAGUCGCAGUUGGCAAAACAACCACCUACUGCUGCAGGAAGGCCAGUGGAUGCCUCACCAAGAGUUCCCGGAGGAUCUCCUAGAACACCAAAUAGAUCUGUGACAUCAAAUGUCGCCAGUGUUACACCUAUCCCUACUGGGUCCAAAAAAAUUGAUCCCAAUAUGAAAGCUGGAGCUACUAGUGAAGGAGUCCUGGCUAACUUCUUCAACAGUCUGCUGAGUAAGAAAACUGGUUCCCCUGGUGGCCCUGGUGGUGUUGGUGGCAGUCCUGGAGGUGGCAGCACUGGUGGUGCUGGCAGCAAUUUACCACCAUCAGCAAAAAAGUCAGGUCAGAAGCCAGUUUUAACAGAUGUUCAGGCAGAAUUGGACAGAAUUUCACGGAAACCUGACAUGGUCUCUCCAACAACCCCUACAUCUCCCACAGAAGGUGAAGCAUCUUGAAGACACCAAAUAAAACCAAUUGUUCAGUUUUCUGGGAUAAUUCAAACUUGCCUCUGCCUCUUCCUUCAGUGACUGGAACUAAAGAACUGAAAGAUCUUUUCAGAACACAAACAGUUUAUGUCUGUCUUUCUUUCAUGUGUUGCCCAACUUAACAAAAGGGAGCUGUACAGAUGGAAAAUGGUAUCACAUCAUGUAGGACUGCUGUUCACAGUGCAAGAAUAAUAAAUUUAAUUUCUUGGGUUUUGUUGAAAAGUCAGCAUAAUUCUGUAAAACUGGCAAGUAUGUCCACUUAUCAGGUAAAGGUUGCUUAGAGCAGGAAACUGAUACACACCACAGGCACUUAAUUUAUAUUGAUUUCCCGACCUGGUGGUCAGGUUGAAUACCAUCUUAAGUAGAGCUUAACCUCUAAAGGAGAGAACUACUGCUAGUUUUUGUAAGAGAAAAUGAAUUGCACAAAACUGUAACGACAACAAUAAACUCCAAAUAUAUUUGAACACUUCAUUUGGAGUACGUUUGCAAAUCUGUUUGAUCUCCCCUAGGAUUAACACUGCGUUCAAAAACCCAUGCAAAAAUUUCAUUCCAGAUAUGUCUUCAAAUUAGUGGCCAGUUUUUUGGUUGUUUGAUUAAUUUCAGACACUGAAUAAACAAUGUAUAAAGAAAAAGCAGAGGUUAAAUGUACAGAUAAUCAGUAUCCAGAUUUGUCUAUAUAUAUGGCUCGGCCUUAAUGUCCCCCACUAUGUUUCCCACAUGAAUUAUGGUUUAAAAUUGGUCAUCAAAACUGUAAUCAGUUAAUAAAGUAUUCUCUGCAUUCAAAUUUAAGUAA